AUGGCGCCUUCGGACGGGCUACCCGUGUCGACGGGCGAGGCGACAUACCUCAUCCAUCAUGUCGUACUUCCGCCUCAACUGCCUCAAAAGGACGACUACACAUCCGCUCACGAGCGGUGUCUCAUCGACACUGCUAUCUACGCGCUACAAGAUCUUCGUGACCAUGUAAAGGAGCAAGACAUACAGGCCAUUGUAACCUCUGCUGUUACAGCCAUGGCGAAUCUGAGAGAUAGCCAGGACGAAGAUGGCAAUGUCAGCGAGUUGCAGCUCCAGGAAGUCCUGCUACAACUUGCCACUGGGACAAGGGACGAGCAAGUCCCACUCGAGAUCAAAGCCCAGAACGCAGGUCUUUUGAUCAGUCGACGCGGUGAACUUGUCGUCUUCGAAUCUUUCGAGUUAUCUCCUACCAACAAUGCAGCCAUGAGCACCGUAGGGAGGCUCGUGCGAACGUUCCCGGGUUCUGCGUCAAGAGUACAAGUCUCCAUUAUGCAAGACAAAGAUUUUCGGGAGUCGCUUGCAUACACGAUCGCAAAGAUGACAACACAGACUGCGCCAGGCAUGCAGCCUCAGGUUCGCAAGAUGGGACAGAACAUUGACGAGGAUCGUGAUACGACAGAUCCUGCAAUGGUCUCGGACUGGCUCAUGAACUACAUCGCUGCCUUGGGCGGAUUUACCGACACUGUCAGCAUCACGAAAAACACGCGCGAUGAAGUUUUGUGGCGCAAUUGCAGACAUCCAUGGCGGCGUUCUCCACUCUGGCUUCUCAUCCGUGUCACCUUGCAGUUGCUGUUCACGAGGGCGUCAAGCAACACACGGCCUCUUCAUGGAUUGUACAAAGUGUUCAUGGCCCAGCUACUUUUACGAAUACUGAAAUCGGCCAAAGCAAAGUGGACAGUCAUAGGCAGCGAGACUCUGUAUGUCGUAUAUGCCAAACUAGAGCGCCGAAUCCGCAAGUUGGAAAAUCUAGGACAUCUGAACUUGGUGCUUCCUUCCUGGGCGAAGGAGCUCAAAGCUAGUAUGGUCGACACUCAUGCAUUCAUCGACAAGAAGUGGAACACGCUCACAAGCUGUCAACGUGGCAACAUCGACACCACUGUACUUCGGAGUCUGCAACCCGAGAAAGACUUAGAUACAACUCUGCCUAAACUCGAUGCAUUCCUUGCUUCGAUCUCUACGAGGCGUCAGGAUACCGCAUGUGCAAACUUCCAACCAGAUGAGCAAUUUCCGGCAUACCCUGAGCAAGAUUUACCGAAGACUCUGGGCUGUUCUGGCGAUACAAAAUACCUGCGAUUAGCCGCUGUGGAAGCUUGGAUUGAACGAUAUCUGCAGUCUUGGGUAUCGUGCCAUCUCCGCGACCGUGACUCGUGUGGCAAGCUGUAUGCCUUGAUGCAGCUUUACCAUGCGGCCGCCAGUGCCGAGUACAGUGGAAUACCAGCCAGUCUGUCCACCAUGUACUUGACUCUUUUGGAGCUUUGGGUGGCCUGCGACAAGUCAGCCUGCGUUCUCUACCCUCUGCUAUCUGAUUUCGACCCGGAGUUGGCCUUAGACGAGCUUCAAUGUCUUGUUCUGCCGCUUCAUAGCCAGAUGCAGCGUCUGGCUGAAGUUGAACGCUAUGUCGGCAGUCGUCGAAAAAUGGCAAUCGAAGGAACUAAAGCGACUGUGUUUGAGCUCAAAGUUCCACAAGCGUAUAGCGAAUGGCGAGAUGCAUCGAUGUUCCUCGUCGCGACCGCGCUUGGAUUCGCCACGCGUGAUACCUCAAAACCCACGACCGCUUAUACUCUUGAUCAGCACCAUGGAUUGUCCAACAUGCUACAGCAGCAAGAUUACCGCGCACGACGUAUCGUACCUCUUUCAACUGUCAAGCCGCACACGAGGACACACCGCAAGACCGUGAAGGUUAUUCCAACUCUGGAAAACGAUAAUGUCUGUCUUCCCAACGCACUGCGAUACGUUUAUCACGACAAAUCGCUCAAUCAUCAUACGGGAGACCGCCACUCCACAGAACAUGUUGCAAAGAAAUGCGUUUACCAAAUGCCCGACGCACGAUCGAGAAACCUUGAAAGCUUCUUGUACAGGCCACCUUCGUGUCCGGAUGGCAGAACGCCGAACGAGGUAAUUGCUAGCCUCUCCGAUUGUCCGGUACAUUUCUCCAUCGAUGAGUACAAGAGCUUUGGAGCGCUCCCAUCAGGUCGAAACAUCAUAUAUUCGAACAUCCUUACGCAACUGGCAACGCCCACAAUCGACUUUGCGAAAGUGGAGACGCAAACUCUCCUUUUACAGGCCGUUGGUCAAUGCGGUUUGCCCAAUGGUCUUUCAAGCCGCACAAGUCAUAGCAUCCUAUUGGAAGAUUCGUUUUGUCAUGCAAUGCUUGCACAACUCGAGCUCUCUCUCUUGCGCAUCUCUGAGAACUGGGAAUCUUGGCGGGCGGUCGCCACCUUCGUCGGGCUGAGUCUACGCAUACUUAGCAUGACUCCAUCUGUUGAUGUCCAAGAUCGUAGCCUGGAAUUCCUAGCCAAAGCCCGCAAAGUCAGUAUGGAGUGGCUCAUUCGUCUCCAAGGCAGAGCGCGCGAUUCGGUAGAGGAGAAGCAGAGGUCCGACUUGUACUCGAGAGCUACGGAAAUUGCACUGCUGUGCACACAAACUUUCAGCGUGGAGGACAAAUUCAUCGACGUGGUUCUCAAGCAACCUUCUGCAACCUCUAUCCUUCUUCGAUGUUCGAUUGUAGUACAAGAAAAUGGCAAGCUUGCACAGUCCGAAUCUCAAGCUGUCUACAAAGCCAUGCUGCAAUCUUGGAGAACGACUCUUUACUGCGCGUUCACGAAGCUUCGUCAGUGCAUUCAGAAUGGUGACACUGGUCUCGAUACAGCUGUGCGUAAGAAUUGGGCCGACUUCGAUCCUCUACCUGGAGCACAUUGGAAGACCAUGAGUGAGGUGACUCACAAGCAUUGGCUCUGCACUAAGUCUGGCGACCUUACAGUCUUCUUCAACCUACUGACUGCAGAGCUGCUCGUGAAUGGUCUGCCAUUGGCUCGUCUCCCAUCAGAAUUCGUGCAGCAUCCGAUCUAUAUGCCUCUGUUUGGAAAAUCAACGCUUGAAGUCGUUCCAACAGAUCAACCGGGUAUGAGGUUUUCGGCGAAAUCCACGUAUCAGGGCUACAAGCUGCAUUUUGGCAUGUCACAUACAGACAUGCUACUAGUCGCAGUCAAGAACAAUUCAAACCAGGAGACCACGAUACACUCUCGCCAAUAUCGCGGCAUGAUCGUUGAUCCUGACCAGACAAUGGGAACUCUGAUUGGUCUUGCCAGCAAACUGGUCCUCAAACCCGCCACCACAAUCGAAGAUCGAUUGGUUCUGAUUCCAGUACCCCGGACAUUCGAUGCAGAUUCGAUCAGUUGUAUCACUGCACCAAAGGAUCACCAUGUCUUAGUUUGCAUUAAGCAAGACAAGGCUCAAGCAGUCUAUGCAUACUCGCUCGAUACCACUCUUGGGCGUGUUCAAGAGAGCGGAGACGUUCAGCGUAGACUCUUUCUCGCGCUCCUGCAUGCGCUGACUUCACAUUGCCUACCGGAUCCUUUGACUGGAUACACAGGCACGGAAUCAGCGCUGACCGUUUUGCAGUCCGCCGCUGUACGUUCAUUCGAGUUCUUGACAACAGAGAACGUCGAACUACUGUAUCAGAUUGCAAAAAUCUCACCAUCAAGGUCAUUCUAUCCACCCGAGAUAAUGGAUAUGCAAACAAUUGAGUGGGAUGCAAGGCUGCCCUUCUUGUCACAGCAUCCUAAACUUCGCGUUGGCGCAGAAGAUAUCAUCCGACAGGCUGAGACCCAUCGUUUGUAUUACCCUGAUCAAAUGCCUGAUACCACAAAAUGGACACGAACGAACUCUCACCUGGAGCUACGGGACUGUAUGCGAACAUCUACUUUUCGUGUCUAUGGUUUCGGGGCUGACAUGCGCACCUCUGGCAAAGACAAGGUCCACGAAGCUCGAGAUGUGUCUAAGCAAUCUCAGCGAGGCCAGCGUGCAUAUAUGGCGGCCACUAUGAUAGCCAGGGACGAAGCGGUUCUUGAUACGACCAUUCGAAAUUUGAGCGACAUCCUAUUACAGACACACUUCAAGGGCGAGAAUAUUGAUGGCCCGAGUAACUUGUUCGAUCCAAAGACGCUUCACUACGAUUCGAAGUGGUUAGGCGAUGCCACCGAGAAACUUCGAAAGUUUUGGUGCAGUCUUCACCUGGUCCUACCUAAAUUGCGUGGAAACUGUAAUCGAUACAACAUCAUGACUUGGCUUUCGACAAUGGCAUUUGCUAAAUCAGCAGAUGUGCGCGUUAUACAAGUUUUUGCAAUUUUCUACAGACUGCAGUCGAUGCCUAGUGUCACGCCGCCUUCAGUUCCGGCUUUUCACUUAGCUGACGGUAGCAGCUGGAAAUCUGUUGAAAUCUUCAACAUCGUCAGAAACUCUGCGAAAUCGUUCGAUGAUUCUGAAGAGGAGAAUAUACCGAAGCAAUACUCCGAAACCGAUCAAGAACACGACAAGCGCAUAAACAGUUUGUUCAAAACUCGUCAAGAUGCAGCAGUUCAGUUUUUCGUUGCUGAAUUAGAGCGUCAGUGGCCUGUCAAGGUACCGGUCCGUCCUACGCAUGAAUCAGUCCUUCAGUACGUCGAUGUGUCGGGUGCAAUGUCACGCAUCGAAGCAAAGUUCAAGACAUGGUACCAUAACAGCCAGUUCCUAAGAUAUCUCCAGGGUACAUCUGCAUUGAUGGCACAACAGCAAGCUUUGCCUAUCACUUCGCCACACCCAAAUUACAGCAAGCCAUUGGUGUUGCGCAAGACCAGCAAUACACAGUCUAUUUUCCACAUCGACUGUAUUUUUGCAGCAGCCCCACCAACCAUUUCCAGGGAGGAACGAAACCAAAGCUCAUUUUCGACGCUGGUACCGCCUUGUGAGCCUGUACUUCCAACAUUGGAUCGCCAUACGUUGUCCCAGAGCGAUGGUCAGGGCACUGGACUCAAGCAACUCUGCGAGACACUUCAAUCUCUGGCGAAAUCAAAAGCGGCCGACGCCUGGUCAGAUGAUACUGUUGAAAAGUUGCUCCAAACGUACCUCGACAAUUGCAAGCGCUAUUUCAAAGCCUUCAAUCUUGCACUUUACCAAGUCGUUGCAAUUGAUGACUCUCUCAGCAAUCACAUUGGGCUGCUCGUGCAGCACUCUCCACGUACACCUCCGACCUUUUGGCUCGCACAGCUGCACCGCGACCGCUUUGGUACAUUGUCAGAUUCAUGGAAGACUGUAAUCAUCGAGUAUGGACUUGCUGUUACGCAGCUGCAUAGAGCACAGCGACUGGUUUCCCUAUCACACAAGCCAGCAGACUUGAUGGAAGAACUUGGCCAUAUUGGUCACAGCAAUUGGGAUCCCCAAAAAUUUCCUGAGACACUGUUGCUCGAGGCGGAGAGUGGAAUUCUCAUCCGGAAAGAACAGGAGUACAUCGCUUCGCAUAUGAGAGAUUCUCAAGACGCCACCAACAUUGUACUUCAGCUCUUGAUGGGUGGUGGCAAGAGCAGUACUAUUGUGCCAAUGCUGGCAGCUUACUUGGCGGACAGGAAGCAGCUUGUACGAAUCAUAGUUGCAAAGCCCCAGAGCAAACAGAUGUUGCACAUGCUCAUCUCCAAGCUCGGGUAUCUGCUGAAUAGGCGCAUCUACCACAUGCCUUUCUCUCGCUCGCUGCGACCGAAUGUGACCGAAGCGAACCUCAUUCGUCAGACCUAUGAGGAAUGCAUAGUGAACCGUGGCGUCUUAUUGAUCCAGCCUGAGCACAUACUAUCGUUCAAGCUCAUGGCGAUUGAAGCUCUCUUAGCUGGUCAAGCAUGUGCAGGAUCACUCUUAGAAACACAAAAGUUCUUCGACAAUGUAUCUCGCGACAUAGUGGACGAGUCAGACGAAAACUUCUCUGUGAAGUUUGAGUUGAUCUACACCAUGGGGACUCAGCGAUCUAUCGAGUUCGCACCAGAGCGAUGGCAGGUGAUUCAAGCUAUAGUGGGUCUGAUUCCGCGCUUCGCCAAAGAAUUAAAGAAAUGGCGACCAGAAUCCAUCGAAGUUGAGCGAGAUGAAGCAGGAAGGUUUCCCAGAGUCAGGAUCUUGCGCAGCGAUACCGCAGGACAGCUGCUAUUACUCCUCGCAAAACACAUAGUCGAAUUCGGCAUCGUUGGACUACCGACUAGCUCGCAGUCUCCAGACGUUCAAGCCUCGCUUCUGCGAUACAUCACCAACUCUGAGCUCACGGCUAGCGAGAUAGCAGCUGUGGAGAGCAGCAGAUUCUGGACAGAGAGCACCAAACAUCCAUUGUUGCUGGUCCGAGGUCUCAUUGCUGGUGGCAUUCUACAAUUUGCGUUGGGUACGAAGCGCUGGCGAGUCAAUUACGGCCUCGAUCCGAGCAGAAUCCCGGAGACGCAACUUGCAGUACCUUUCAGGAGCAAGGAUUGUCCCAGUCCUAGGAGCGAGUUCUCUCAUCCUGACGUGGUCAUUCUUCUCUCCCUUCUGUCACAUUACUAUGGCGGAUUGACGGACGAACAGCUCUUUGACAGUUUCGUUCAUCUACUUAAGUCAGAUCAGGGUAACAUUCAGUACGAUGAAUGGGUUGCUACAGCAUCCCCAGACCUGCCACCCGCGUUCCGCCAGCUGUCCGGGGUAUCCAUCAAAGAUCCUCAUCAAUGCAUCGUCGAGUUGUUCCCGUUUCUACGCUACUCCAAGAAGGCUAUCGACUACUAUCUCUCCUUUCUGGUUUUCCCCAAGGCUAUGAAAGAGUUCCCUCAGAAGUUGAGCGCUUCGGGAUGGGACAUUGGCGCCGUCAAGACACAUCCGGUUACCGGAUUUUCUGGCACAAACGACACCUUGCAUCUGCUACCUCUGACAGUCAAGCAUCUGGACCUUCCCAGUCAGAGCCAUACCAAUGCGCUAGUACUACGGUACCUAUUGCAAGCUGAAACAUCAGUUGAGCUGUUGCCGCCACGCACAAAUGUCAAUGGUAGUGAUGCGGAUCACCUUCUCUCAUUGGUCGUUCAGAUGGUUCCAGAGGUCCGAGUCAUACUUGAUUGCGGUGCUUCUAUUCUUGAGCAAGACAAUCAGCAAGUUGCUGAAGCAUGGCUGAAAAUGCUUGACGACGAUAGCAUCGAGGCUGUUGUGUUCUUCGAAGAUGAGGAGCUUUCAGUCUUGGAUCGCGCAGGCCGCAUCGAGCCCUUGCAAACAUCUCCCUUUGCCAAAAAUCUCGGUGUCUGCUUGGUCUAUCUUGACGAGGCUCAUACUAGAGGAACGGAUUUGAAAUUACCUCGCGACUACCGAGCUGCAGUGACUUUGGGACAGGGCCUGGUAAAGGACAAGCUUACCCAAGGAUGUAUGAGAAUGAGAAAGCUAGGUCUGGGCCAGUCGGUAGCAUUCAUUGUUCCAGAGGAGAUCUCGGCAAAGAUUUGUGAGCGUACUGGAAAGCUUUCCAAUGACUCCAUCGAAGUCAGCGAUAUUUUGUGCUGGUCAAUUACUGAGACUUGGCAAGACCUCAAGAGGAGCAUGCCACUAUGGGCAGUCCAAGGCGAGAGAUACGAACGCAACAGCAAUUCCUUGCAUGGCGUUGCAACCACUCAGGCUCAAGCUCAGUCCUUCCUUGAAGAUGAGGCUCAGACGCUGGAGGCACGCUACAAACCACUGACCAAGGAAGAAGAUAGUUUGGGAAUGCUGAAAACCUGGGACUUGGGCAAUGUGAAUAUUGUACGAAUUGUCGCUAGAUGCAGGGAGUUUGACGCAAUGGGCUUUGGCAUUGCUACUUUGAGCGAAGAGCAAGAACGUGAACUGGCUCCCGAAAUCGAAGAAGAGAGACAAAUUGAGCGGCCUGCACGACUGGAGCCUGAGGGCCACUCUGUUCAUUCUGACGUCCGACACCUGGUACAAACCGGUUACCUGCGCCCUAACCCACGAGUCUUUAAGCCCGCUUUCCAUGCCUUGGCUACCACGAGCGCCGCCAGAUUGUUUGCACUUGGGCAGUUUCCCACAGAUUUGAUGGUCACUGCAGACUUCGAGCGCACGGUAAAAGUUCCCAACAGUUUCGCGAGCCAUCAUUUCAUCUCCGACUCAUACCAGCGACCAGUCCAGUUCGUACUGUCUGUGCGAGAUACUGUCACUAAUGCUAUCCAACAACUCGUCAUCAUCAGCCCCGUAGAAGCUAACAGCUUGCUAUCGUUCAUUCGCGAGCACGCAAAAGUCACUCUGCAUAUCUUCGCCCCACGAGCAAACGCCAGCUUCGAAUCGCUCGACAAACUCGAGCUCUACAACAUCGGCCAUGCCUUCAUGCCUGAAGAAGUCUCUCGCAGCCUCACGGUGCAACUCAAUCUCUUCACCGGUAGCCUCUACCUCCGUUCGUUCGAAGAGUACACUGAACUAUGCGACUUCCUUGGUCUCCUGCGAUGUAAGCCUGUGAAAGGCCAGCAAGUCUAUGCUGAUGGAUUCAUCGAUCCGCCCUCUGGUCAUUGGGGUCUGAGGAUGUCGCCGGUACCAUUCCUGCGCACCUUACUGAUGAAGAUUCGGCGCGAGGGGGAGGGCGUGGAGAAGACGCACCUCGGCAGGAUCUUGAACGGUGUUAGGCUGGAGGAGGCAGACUUUGUGAAGGAUGUCGAGAUGUCUGGAACCUGA